GGUAGUGCAUGCAUGCAAGAGGUCUGUUGGAGAAUUCUGGUUCUGGUUAGGGUUUGGCCCGAAAUGUCGACGCGAAAUCGUUACCAGUCAGUUUCUUCGUCGUCAUCAUCAUCAUCAAUGGCCAGAAGGCUUCCAUCUACAACGGAAGAUUCCAUCAAGAAAAUUACUAUAUCGAAGCCGCAAUUGGCCAAGAAGCGACCGGCUCUCAGUGAUAUUACGAACCAGAAAAAUGGGUCUAAAGUCGGGUCGCGGGUCUUGGGGACCCUUCCUCCUAAGUCCAUUGUGCCAUGUUCAGCUAAGAUUGCCAAGAAAAAGGAAUCUUCUGCUCAUGCUUAUGAUAAAGGGCUCUCUGGAAAUACUUUGCCUGCAACCUCAAGUGUAUCUUGUAAUGAUAUAUUUUCCCCCAGUAGUGAUCAACCUACUUUUAGAGCCUUCUCUUCUCCAAAUAGCAGUUUCAUUAUCCUUCCUGCUCCUGAUAGUGCAGUUCUGGUACCCCGAAGCACAGAUGUUUCUCCAAGCAAAUCAGUUGUUGGUUCUGUUUCUUUGGAUGAGACCAUGUCUACUUGCGAUUCAUUGAGGAGUCCAGAAUUUGAAUAUAUAGAUAAUGAAGGUGAUUCAACAAUUAAAUCCAUUGAGAUGAGGACUCAUAGCUCUCUCAACAUUUCAGAUCAUGCUGAAAGAGAAGGGAUGUCUUGCAAGAGAGAUAUACUAGUGGAGAUUGAAUCGGUUGGUGAUUUUGAUGAUAUUGAUUACAAUGUCAAGGAUCCCCAAUUUUGUGCAACCAUUGCUUCUGACAUUUAUAAGCAUUUGCAUGCAUCUGAGGCAAAGAAACGGCCUUCAACGGAUUUCUUGGAAAGGGUUCAGAAAGACAUGAAUGCCAGCAUGCGUGCAAUAUUGAUUGAUUGGCUAGUGGAGGUUGCUGAAGAGUACAAACUUGUACCUGAGACUCUAUUUUUGACAGUCAACUAUGUAGAUCGUUAUCUUUCUGGCAAUGUAAUAAACCGGCAGAAGUUACAACUGCUUGGUGUUUCCUGCUUGAUGAUUGCAGCAAAAUAUGAGGAAAUAUGUGCUCCCCAGGUGGAAGAAUUCUGUUAUGUUACUGAUCAUACAUACUCCAAAGAGGAGGUUCUCCAAAUGGAAUCUGCGGUACUGAAUUACUUGAAGUUUGAAAUGACAGUCCCUACAGCUAAAUGUUUUCUGAGGCGCUUUGUCCAUGCUGCUCAAGGAAGUAAUGAGGUCUCAUCACUGCAGUUGGAGUGCUUGGCCAACUACAUAGUGGAAUUAUCCCUUUUGGAAUAUAAGAUGCUUUCAUAUGCCCCCUCAGUAGUAGCUGCAUCAGCUACUUUCUUGGCUAAUUUUAUUGUUUUUCCAUCCAAGAAACCUUGGGUAUGCAUUAGGAAAAAUUAUUAG